AUGGCUGCCAAGUACCAGUCGACCAAGGAAACUGCUAAUUUUGCCCGAAUUUGUAGACUGAUGAUUGAUGUCGUCCCAGAUGUCUUCAGAGAAUUACUCCACUCUCGUCUGCCAUCCUCAGGACUUGGCCCUGUUCUUGGGAACCAGAAGGGACAGAUCUUCUCUUUGUUGAAUAACCAGCAGAAGAAGAUCCUGUUCCCCAAAGGUGGAGUGUUUGCAGGGUCAUUGCAAGAUUUAGAUACAUCUCUUAUCUAUAUCCUGCUUAGGAACCUUGGAAACAUUCCACCUCACAAGAACGGUUGGGGGAGAGUUCCAGAUUUGGCAGACAGAUCGCUUUCGGCCAACAUUGACCGUCUGCGAGUUCAGCGUAAUGAAGCUUACGCACAUGCAAACACUGCCUCCAUUUCUGAUGGAGAUUUCAAAAUCAGAUGGGCCGACAUCAGGAAAAGUGUUGAAGACAUAGAGAAUACUGUAUUGACAAGUAUGGCAUUUGUAGCAAAGGUGGACAGUAUACUGUCCAUGAGGAUUGACCCACAGACAGAGCAAAAUUUUAUUGUUCUUGUACAGGAACUUGAUGGGGAAAUCGGUGACAUCAAAGUCCAACAGGCCACGAUUAUUAAGACAGAUGUGGAGGGUGUAAAGGGGGCAGUCAGUGAUGUCACAGCCCUACAUAACACGACGACAAGAGAUGUGGGUGAAAUAAAAGGGGCAGUCAGUGAUGUCACAGCCCGACUUGACAUGACGGUGGUUGAAAUAAAAGGGGCAGUCAGUGAUGUCACAGCCCGACAUGACACGACUGCUAGAGAUGUGGAUGACAUAAAAGUUGAAGUCAGUGACGUGAAGGACAGACAAGACACCAUAACAAAAGAUGUGGAUACCUUAAAGGAAAGGAAUUCCAAGCUGACGGCCAUGAUUGAAAGGGAUCCUAAGUUGGCAGCCAUGAUUGAAACAACAAGAGCUAAGAUAGAGGGAGAUAGACAAAGCUACCAUUUUAUUGCCACCAAAAGUUUCCAUGAAGCUCAGAAAAAACUGAAGAACAGGAUGGUUAUAAUCAAGGGAAACACAGGAGAUGGGAAGUCGUCUAUUGCCAUGGAACUUCUCCGUUUCCUGUGCUGUGAUGAGGAGGGCCAACAGAAACGAUGUCUACAGCCACUGGAACUACACGACAUCAAGGACGUGGAUUUGGUGGCACCAAAGUCUGGAUUAGUUAUCUAUUUCGAUGAUAUUUUUGGCAAAAAUGUUGUGUGUAAAGGAGAUGUAGAUGAAUGGGAGAAAAGAGAAGAAUGUAUUCUUUCAAAACUGUGUGAAAGUGAGAACUCUGAGGGCAAUAUCCUUGUCAUGACCAUCCGUAGUGAAAUUUUAAAUUCUUUAGAUAGUUCUUUUUCGAAAAAAAUAUUCACUGAAGAGAACAUUGUUGAUCUCAGUGAAUACAAAGAUGAAGAAGAAAAACGGAAAUUAUUAAGGUUGUAUGAACCAAAAGUUAAAUUUGAUAAAUGGACAGAUAAGGAAGAGAAAGAGAUCUUCAAGUCAUGUCCUGACAUUGGGUUUCCCCAAUGUUGUAGAUUAUUCAGGGACACACCUACUUUGCAAGCAGAAAGGGUCAACUUCUUUAGAAGACCUUUUCAUUUUGUGAAAUCGUGUUUAGAUAAAUUAAAGGAUGGAAAAUUUUAUGGGCUGCUGUAUCUGUUCCUCAAUGGAGGCAAAGUGAUAGAAAAUGAUUUAGACCCUUCUAACGAAAAUGUUGAUAGAAAAUUGUUAGAAGCAGCAUUUGCUGUUGAUGUAUUCAAAGUUGAUCCAACAGAUGAACUUGUUUACAACAAGGGGAGGAAAGCUGAAUUUGUGAAGGAGUUGUUAGAAAGAUUGUUGGGUUCCCUGGUGAAAAAAGAGUCCACCCAAAAACAAGGCAGAUUUUAUCCUUGUUACAAAUUCAGCCACGACUCCAUUGAGGAAACAGUGGCACUUCUGUAUGGAGAGAAAACUCCUAUUGGCUACAUACAGAAUUGUCCCUGCAAGUUACUCAGUUAUAUAACUACAACAAAAAACACCCCAAACAGGAUAGUUAUAUCAUCUGAUGAUCAAACCAAUGCCAUGUAUAAACGUAUCGUCAAAGAGAUGAAAGAGUGUAAAUCUGUUGAUCCUAAAAGGUACAGGUAUUCUAGUGAGUGGAACUAUUUAGUUACAUUAGAUGUAUGGACAGAUUGCCAGUUUCUACAGGGAUUUGUCAGAUACCUAAGUGGUCAGACAGGAUUUGUCCGAUGGCUAAGUGGUCAGAAUGUUGACUACAGUUUAUACCACGAGAUAAAACAUGACUUGUUUAAUCAGGCAUGCUCUACUGGUUCAGAUGAAUGUGCUUUGUUUCUCCUGUCUGAAGGUGUUAAACCUGACAAGGAGACACCAUUUUGUGUGGUGAAGGGUGGGAGUGUACAACUACUAAAUAAACUACUUAAGUGUAAAGUCAUCACUCCUACAGCGAGGGCACGCAGGUCACGAUCAUCAUAUUAUAGUAGAGAUAUCAAUGUCCUACACGAGGCGUGUUUGUUUGAGAGAGAAGAGAUGGUGACAACGUUGUGUGACACUUAUCCACACUUGGUACAUGAGACUGAUGACGAUAGACAAAGCACGCUCCAUCUUGUGGCACUGACAGGAAACUGUGGUCUAUUUCAGAGAGUGGAGAGAUUGGUACUUAAAUCAUUGUGUAGGUAUAAAGUUCAACAUAAAUGUGAGAUAGAAGAUGGUCGUGUGGUACAUAGGAGUUGUGUGUGUGGAAGGUACAUGUCACAGUUAGUGGACAAGUAUGGGUAUAAAAUAUUACAUCGUAGUUGUAGAGAGGGACACAGGGAGCUUAGUUUAUACCUGUGUCAGUCCUACCCAGCACUAGGCCUAACACUAUUACAUUGGAGUUGUAGUCAUGGACGCAGGGAGCUUAGUUUAGAGCUGUGUAAGUUAUACCCAGCACUAACUACAGCUGUAGAUAAACGUGGGUAUAAUUGUCUACAUCACAUAGCCAGGGGGACAUCGGAUGUAGACAUGUUCACUAAGUGUGAACGUCACGUAAAACAGUACGUAGAGAAAACAGGAGGUAAGUAUGACAUCACGACCAUGCUUACUAGUGACGGGAAAUCUGUUUUAGACCUGGCAAAGAAAUGGACAGAGUGGAAGAAGUGGAUGAGACAGUGGGGGGAGUUAGAUAACAACCCUUUGUAUGACCAUCUUGUUCAAUUAUUUGCUAAAUGAAAUUAAAUAUUUCCA